CCAACUCGGUGACACUCAGGUCGUAGCCACUCAGUGAGACGAUGAACCUGGUCCUACUCGGUUGCAUUCUUGCGGCGCUGGGGGUUCCGGGGACACCUGCCCCACUGGCCACGGUCACGGCAGUUUUGGACGCAUCAAAUGACGCCCUGGACUUUCGGUCUUCGGAGCCCGUUGGCGCGGAAGGUGAUAUCGACCCUGCAACGCUCUCAAGUGGAAGAACUGUCUUGGAAACGGGACUGACGCAGCGCGUUCGCCAGGAAGCAGUGGUUCGAGAGCAAGCCGCAGAGUCACUCGGGACGUCCUCAGCGCGCCCGCAGACUCCACGAGCACCGACGAAGCUGAAGAGGUCGACUUCCGGACCAUGGGCGCCAGCAUCCUCGCGCCCUGUCACGUGGGCCCCAAGAACGUCGCGCCCCUUCACGUGGGCGCCACGGAGGUCGACGCCGGGGUCCUGGGUGCCGGGAGGCUCUGGUGGCUCAGGGGGCUGGGACUCGUGGGAUGGGGACUGGGGUUGGGAUUCGGACUGGGAUUGGGAUUGGGUCACUGGAAGUUAUCGCCCGUUCGACGCAACCACUGUUCUUAUCAUAAUGGGUCUUCUAAUUUUUGUCGUAGCGUUUUUCAUGGUGUGCAGGUUAGCCAUAGGGUCGUGAUAAAGAGGCAAAUUAUGUAUUUUCAUUAUCCAUAGCUAUUGUCGUUAUCAUGUAAGGUAUGCACAAUGUGUAGACAUCAAUUGGGGACAAGUACUUCCUACAGUGCUGAAGUAUUUUUGAAAUUGUACUUAAUUUAUGCACAAAUUUGUACAGACCUUGCACGUAUAUGGCAAUAGCUGUGCACAAGAAGUCCAUAGGCAUUCAGUGUCGCCGCAGUAAGUUGCGUCACUUCGGCAAAGCCGGGGGUUUACACCAAUGGAAUGAACCGUGUUCGGACCGUAAUAAAGGCAUUCAAUUACUACCAACACGUAAAUUAUUUACGUGUGAGCAUAUCGCGAUGGAUUCGCAAUGGAUUCUCCUCGGCUCAGUGAAAAGAGCACAGCAUGUUGAAAUCACAUUGCUGAUUUGGAGUUGAAGUAAUACACAACGAACUCCGUUUUUCACCGAGUCAUGUUCGUUAGAAUGUGAAUUUUGUCACUCUCGUUUGAAUUCGAUGUCACAUUUACUUGAGCGUUACACGGCCUUCUAAUUAGGGUGUCACAUUCCUUGGAUUGUGGAUCAAUAUUCAAACAAAUGUGAAAUCUCAUUAAAAUGACCGCGACAAAUUUCACAUUCUAACGAAUAUUACGUCACAUUCGCAAAAUAACAGGUUGUGACGGUUCAUAAAUGUUGCAUUUUGAUGGAAAGGAUGUGACAAUUUCUCCUGCUGCGUUCGAUGGCUCUCUUUAAAUACAUAGAACUUAAGUCAGGAGUAGAUACUCAAAUACAAAGUAAGGGAAGCUGGGUCCAACCAGAUUCUUAGUCAAUAUUGGUGGUGUUCUCAAGCAGUGCCACACUAACCAAUUUGUCAAGUCUCCUCAACCUGUUUUAUGUGAUAUUUUAAUAUUGUAUUGUAUUUUAUCGUGCAGUAUUUUAUGUAUAAUUUAUUAUAGUCUACUAGUAGGCGCUAGGUUAAUACAAGUAUAUUUCAAGUUGUAUUUUUAAACAAAUGUAAAGUUUUAUGUUUUAUAAUACCUAUGUAGCUUUUUGUUAUUGUGUGAGGUGGAUAUGGUGUCCGCUGGCAGACAGCGCCCUCUAGACUUGUUGGCUAUGUGACCCGAACCCCUGGCCGGAAUGUGGCUUCGAGGUUAAGGGCUGUACACCCUCGGACUCGAGCGAGAGGGAAGAGAGCUCCAGUGAGGAUACGGGCGAAGUUACCCCUGCUGAAACUGUGAAGACUCCAGCAAUCGUCCAAGCAGCGCAUGAUUCAAGCUUCUUUUCUUUAUGUUAAUAUUUACCACCAGAGGCCAUUUCAGUGUUUCUGGAAUGUUUGCUCCUUGUUUUAUUAAACUGAUUCGUUUUUCUUCGGAAGCUGUAAUGGUUCCUUAAUCUUCGUGUGAAUAAAUCUUCUCAUAUUUGACAA